UUCAUUCGAAGACAAGAAAAUCAAGGGAAAUUCUCUCAUCAUCUGUUUUGCUUGAACUCCAAUUUGGUAUCAAAGCCCUAAUGGCAAAUGCUAUCGUUCCAAAUUUCAAUUGCCCUCUCUUAACCAACUCCUAAAUCACAUCACGAUAAUCAAGCUGGAUUGAGGUAAAUUUCUUCUAUGAAAAAAUCUUGUCCUCCUAAUUCUUCGCAGCUACAGAUUGGAAGGAUACUUCAAUGGUCUGAUCGAGUGCCCACCAGUGUACCUAAAUCAAAACACCACUGUGUCUAAGGAUGCAACGAUCACUAGAGCUUCAAGCUCUCAGCCCACAGCUGCCAGCUCGUCGAGCACUGGACCAACAAGAGAACUCAACCCCCAAUACGAAGCCUGGCUUGUCGUCGGUUAGUUGCUCUUUGGGUGGCUCUACAACUCAAUGACUCUUGAAAUCACAACUCUGGUGAUGGGAUAUGACAAGUCGAAGGACCCUAUUCAGCAGCUUUUUGGUGUACAAUCAAGAGUUGAGGAAGACUACCUCAGACAAACCUUUCAACAACAAAGAAAAGGAAGUCAUGUUCCCACCCGAGCCUUUGUCUCCCAAAUCUUAUGCAGACUGGAUGAGGACUACAAUCUCGUCAUCGCAACACUCCUAGGAAAACCAAAUACAACAUGGUUGGAGAUGCAAUCUGAACUACUAGUCUAUGAACGACGACUAGACUAUCAGAAUCUACUUCGUGUUAAUGGAGUAGAAAUCAAUCCCACAGUCAAUAUGACCCAAGGCAGAGGUAACGGUGGUCCAUGUUCCCAAAAUCAAAACCCAAACAGUGGUGGUCGCUCAACGUUCCCUGGUCAGCAUGGUGUUCAGAAUAAUUUUGGGAACAGAGGACAUGGAAAUGGAAGGGGUAGGUUUAAGAAAUUCACCCAAUCUGUCAAGUGUGUGACAGAAUUGGUCACACUGCAUACGUCUAUUAUCACCGUUUUGAAAUGGAAUUUGUUCCCAACAACAACAACACCAACAAUUAAGGGUCCAAUGGGAACACUGAUACGCCCAAUACCAACGAUGGCAAGUCACUAGCUGCUCUCAUGACCUCACAGACUAGUAAUCCCUUCCUGACAAACAACGACGGUUUACCUGAUCCAAAUUGGUACGUAGACAGUGGUACAUCCAACCAUGUAACUACUGAUUACAACACUCUCACCAAUCUUGUUGAAUAUGUUGGUAAUGAAUUAGAAACAGUAGGUAAUGGUGAUCAAUUACAUAUAGCUUAUGUUGGUAACUCAGUUCUAAAUAAUAGAAAAUCACUGCUCAAUCUUAAUAAUGUAUUAUUUGUGCCUGAAAUUGCUAAGAAUUUGGUUAGUGUAUUAAACUUGCUUAAGAUAACUCUGUGUACAUUGAAUUUCAUGAUAGUUAUUAUCUUGUAAAGGACAAGGGUACGGGUCAAGUACUUUUGAAGGGAAUCCUAAUGAUGGACUAUACCAAUCAGUGCCUAAAAUUUCAUGAUAGUUACAACAUUUGUUCUGUCUCAUAUUAGAAUUAACAGUGUUGUAUCAAAGAAUGUUUGGCACUGUCAUUUAGGACACCCAUCUUCCAGAGUUUUUUAUUUAAUCAUUAAAGGUUGUAAUUUGUCCGUUAAAGGAAAUGAAUCUUUUG